AUGGCAUCCUCAUCAUCAAUAGAAAAUGUUGAAACUUUUAAUGAAUUGUUAAUGCCUUCAUCUGCAAUUUCGUCAAACAUAAAUAAUAAUAGAGAUAGUGCACGUAUAUGGGAUGAAGAAAUAAAAUGUUUCUUUCUUAGAGCAAAAUUUCCCUCAGCAACAUGUAUCAAUGAAUUUGUUAAGAAAAUAUUUGGACAAGGUGCAGCAUCGUUAACAAAAGAAAAUAUUAACAAUUAUUGA